AUGAGAAUGAAUGAUUAUGUUAUAUAUUAUAAAGGCUUAAACGACACACAUCAGUUUGGAACAGGAUUCGCUGUUCAUAAAAAUCUUCUGUCCUCUGUAAAAGAGUUUAAUCCGAUAUCUGAACGCGUGUGUACAAUAAAAUUAAAUACAAAGCCCAUGAAUAUGUUUAUCAUUAAUAUACACGCACCAACUGAAAAUAAAGACGAAAUAGAUAAGGAUGAAUUCUUUGAAGAGGUAGCAACAAUUUAUGAUGAAGCACCAGGAAAUACAAUCAAAAUCAAAGUGGGUGAUUGUAACGCUAAAUUGGGAAAGGAACCAUCAUUUAGACCCACAAUCGAAAUGCAUAGUGUGCAUGAGAUAAGUAAUAACAAUUGA